GGAUGGUUCGCGUCUGUCUGAACGGGAGAGGGAGGGGAGUGCCGAUGUCUCACUCGCGUCUCGUCUCAAGAGCCGCGCGUUAGGAGCGGCGGGGCGCUGGCUGGAGCGCAGCACAUGAGCCGCCGGGGAGGAAACGCAGGAGCGAACUGCAGAGCACAGGCACAAUGUCGGUCAGGACAUACGACAGCUCCUUCGGCUAUCGGCAGGGCGAGAUCGCGCGACUGGGGGACAGGGCCAUGCAUAAGCCCAUGUCAGCGGACGAGAGGCAGAAGUUCCAGAACAGCCCGUUCAUGGCUAAGAUGAAGGAGAUCGACAACAAGUGCUGGUUGGUUUUCUCGCAGCGAGACAAGAAUCGAGCAGCCCGUGACCCGAAGUUCAAGCCCAGCGAGGCCGACUUCGAAGCCCCAAAGGCGCACACUUAUGACAAGGCGGUCAACUACUACAAGGUGCUAGGGGUCGACGAGCUCGCAAGCAAUGAUGAUGUCAAGAGGGCAUAUCGGAAACUGUCGCUGGUGUACCACCCUGAUAAGAUGUCGGGCAAGAGCCAGGAGGAGAAAGACGAGAGCGUGCAGAUCUUCUUGGAAAUCAAGAAUGCCUACAAGACGUUGUCAGACGAUCCAACCCGACGGCAGUACGACUACGACAGGGACCAUGACGAUGUCGCGGGCGAGUCGUACGGCAGGAAGAGGCAGGACCGUCCGAGCUUCGAUGCGCUGGUUGCGUUGCACAAGCUCGCUGAGAAGCUCAAGGAGAACCAGAAGGCGCCGGGCCGGACCGUGGCGAUGCCGGUGUUGGUGCGCCUCGAGAAGUUUGUGCACGGUGGGCAGAAGUCGGUGGCGCGGACGUCUCGGUCUGUCGUCCGCGUCGAUCUCGAUUGCUACGCCGACGACCGCAGGACGUUCCGCUGCGACCUGCCCGCUGGCGCGGCGCAGCCGUGGCACCAGGACUUUGCGAGGCAGGGCGACCACCACGAUGACACGGAGCCCGACACGCUGCGGUUCACCUUCACCGCCAAGGCGCACGGCGUGGUGGUCAGGCUUGGACAAGACCUGGAGGUGCGGGGCACGGUCCCCCUCGGGGAGGCCGUGUCUACGCGGCCCCACCUGGCGGUCGAGGCCCCUCGGCCGCCGCUGCCGUUGCGGCCGCCGCGGCCGCCGCUGCAGCCUUGGAUCGCAG